AUGAGCGCACGCUUCCGUUUACCUUCGGCCAAAUCCUAUAAUGUGCGAGCGAGCGAGCUGGAGAGGGAGAGAAGCCACGCCCACACGGUCUGUAACGUCCUCCUAUUGGACAACAGCGUGCAGGCCUUCAAAGUCAGCAAGUCGGACCUCGGUCAGCUGCUGCUGGACCUGGUCUUCACUCAGCUGGAGCUCACAGAGAGGGAUUAUUUUGGCCUCCACCUGAACGACGAGGCCACAGACGCCCCGCGAUGGCUCGACCCGAACAAAACAAUCAGGAAACAGCUCCGGAGAGGGUCUCCGCACAGUCUCAGCUUCAGGGUGAAGUUCUUUGUGAGUGAUCCGAGCAAACUGCAGGAGGAGUACACACGGUACCAGUUCUUCCUGCAGAUCAAACAGGACAUUCUGACUGGACGUCUGCCCUGUCCCCACAACACCGCUGCCCUGCUGGCCUCCUACGCCGUCCAGUCGGAGUUGGGAGAUUACUGUGAGGAGGAGCAUGUGGUGGGAGAGUAUCUGUCAGAGUUCAACUUCAUCCCAAACCCUCCUCAGGAUUUCCACCGGGAAGUCUGCAAGCACCACCAGCAACACAGCGGUCUCACUCCUGCCCAGGCUGAAUACCAGUACCUGGACACGGCUCGGUCUCUGGAUCUAUACGGGGUGGAGCUGCACUGGGCUCGAGACCAGAGCCAGACCGAGAUCCUCCUUGGGGUCCAGUCUGGAGGAGUUCUGGUCUACAAGAACCGAAUCCGGAUCAACUACUUCCCCUGGUUGAAAAUUGUGAAGAUUUCCUUCAAAUGUAAACAGUUCUUCAUCCAGCUGCGCAGAGAAGUGUGUGAGUCGAGGGAGACGCUGCUGGGCUUCCACAUGCUGAACUAUCGCGCCUGUAAGAACCUGUGGAAAGCCUGUGUGGAGCAUCACACCUUCUUCAGACUAGAGCGCCCCCUACCUGCAAACAAGAACUUCUUCAGCCACUACUUCAGCCUGGGCUCCAAGUUCAGAUACUGUGGUCGGACGGAGGUGCAGUCGGUUCAGUACGGGAAAGAGAAGUGUAUCAAAGACCGAGUGUUUGCCAGAUCCCCGUCCAAGCCUCUGUGUCGUAAGCUGGUGUCAGGGUCAGACUGGGAGUGUGUGAGCAGAAACUCUUUAUCUGAGGAACGACUGGAGACGAGAAGUUUACCAAACAGAUCUCCCCCCGGGACCCCCAAAGAAAACUCCCUGUUCGUGUCUGAUGGUCCCCGCGUGCGCCCCUCGUCCGUGGGUCACCUGGUCGACCAUGUGAUCCACUCCUCGCCGUCACUUCCUGUUUUCUCCUCCAAUCACAAGUCGGCGUCGUCCACACAGGCCAACAGCCUCUCGCUGGACUCCUCUCCGUCUCCGGACGGCGUGGACGGUCAGCCUCCUGCCCUGCCGCCCAAACAGCUGAGCAGAAAGACCCUGAGCGAGAUCAUCAAGGCGCAUUCACAACAGAGUCUGGACAAUCACCUGAACGAGCUGUACGACACACCAGCGGGGGAGGCCACCACGCUAAAUGGCGUGGUGCCGCAUGAAAACCUGGUACUGAUCAAGAUGAGACCGGACGAACAUGGGCGCUUCGGUUUCAACGUCAAGGGAGGAGCCGAUCAGAAGAUGCCCAUCCUUGUCUCCAGAGUGGCCCCUGGGACCUCGGCUGACCUGUGCGUCCCGCGGCUGAAUGAGGGAGACCAGGUUCUGCUGAUCAAUGGCAGAGACAUCUCCGAACACACGCACGACCAGGUUGUGAUGUUCAUUAAGGCCAGCUGCGAGAGCCACUCCGGGGAGCUGGUGUUGCUGGUGCGACCCAACGCCAUGUAUGAGGUGGGGGAGGAGAAGGACUCAGAGCCGGAGUUCCAGUACAUUCCAGAGCAGAGUCUGGAGCGCAGCGUGGACCAGAACGCGCUCCGAGACUCCAUGAGCGCGCUGCGAGAGGGACUGAGCACGGGCACACUGCUGCAACAGUUUGAUGCUCUGUACCGGAAGCGUCCAGGGAUGACCAUGCUGUGUGCCAAGUUACCUCAGAACGUGACAAAGAACCGCUACAGAGACAUCUCCCCCUAUGAUGCCACACGAGUGAUUCUCAAAAGCACGGACGACUACAUCAACGCAAACUACAUCAACAUGGAGGUGUGCUCCUGGAUAAACCGGUACAUCGCCUGCCAGGGGCCUCUCCCGCACACGUGCGCAGACUUCUGGCAGAUGACGUGGGAGCAGGGCUCGUCUCUGCUGGUGAUGCUGACGACGCAGGUGGAGCGCGGAAGGGUGAAGUGUCAUCAAUACUGGCCGAACCCAGAGAACUCGUCUGAUUACGGCGGCUUCAGAGUCACUUGUCACAACGAGGAGGGCAGCGCGGCGUUUCUGGUGCGAGAGAUGACGCUGACGCACAAACAGAGUGACCAGCAGAGGGCGCUCACACAGAUCCAGUACUUGGCCUGGCCGGACCAUGGGGUUCCGGACGACUCCACAGACUUCCUGGACCUGGUGACGCUGGUGCGAAGCAAGCGCUCGAGUCAAGAAGAGGCGCAGCCGGUGGUGGUGCACUGCAGCGCGGGCAUCGGUCGCACUGGUGUCCUGGUUACCAUGGAGACGGCCCUGUGUCUGAUGGAGUGUGGACAGUCUGUGUUUCCUCUGGACAUCGUGAGGACCAUGAGAGACCAGAGAGCAAUGAUGAUCCAGACCCCGAGUCAGUACCGGUUUGUGUGUGAGGCGAUCCUUAAAGUCUACGAUGAGGGGCGGGUCAAACCUCUGCACAGAUCUGUCCAAUCGCGAGAGACAGACAGGACCAUCGACCAAUCACAGAGCACCACCGUGACAUCAGCCGAGGAGGAACAGCGCCAUCUGCUGGAGCUGCACGAGGACGACGUGGAGGAUGAUGAGUGCGAGGUGGAAGUUCUGGACGUGGGGGAGGUGACCGAAGACGAGACGGAGGGAGACUGCACCAGUGUCUGCAGCCAAACCAGCAGAGACCACCUAGACCCGCCAGACCCCAGCAGAGAGCACCUAGACCCGCCAGACCCCAGCAGAGAGCACCUAGACCCGCCAGACCCCAGCAGAGAGCACCUAGACCCGCCAGACCCCAGCAGAGAGCACCUAGACCCUCCAGACCCCAGCAAAGACCCCUCAGACCAUGCAGACUCCAGCAGAGACCACCUAGACCCUCCAGACCACAGCAGAGAUCCUCCAGACCCCAGCAAAGACCCGUCAAACACCCCAGACCCCAGCAAGUCCCACCCAGACCUUCAAGACCUCACUCAGUCCGGUUACAAUCCCGAGCGAGACCCACACACCAGCCUUCCCAACCACACAAUGGACAAAAGUGAGGAGAGUCUAGAAUCCUCUCCGGAGCCGGAUUUAGACCGAAGCCAGGAGGCCGUAGACCGGGAAAACUCUGAGAAGAACCUCUCAAACCACCGAGACACAGAACUCAAAACAGGUCUAGAGAUUUGUCCGGGCUUGGGUCUGGAGAAUCCGGUCAGAACCAGCCAGCAGUCCUCUCCUGAACCAGCAGAGGGCGACGCACGGAGAAGCAUUUCAGACUCAAAACGAGCUCCAGAGACGGAAAAGUCCAGUUUGGAUUCGGGAACGUCGAGUCUGGAAGCGGAGAGCUCCGGUCUGGACCCGGGAAGAACCAGCUCUGAUCCGGAAGCACUGGAGCCGCUCUGA